AUUUGGAAUUGUCCUCUGAGUGUCUGACAUAAAUCCUUUCGAAACCUUUACUUAGUUUAUAUAACCCUGAUCCAACCAUCUUUAAGAAAGAGUCGUAUGACGUUAGUCUUCUUAGAAAGAGCAUGCUCGAUUGUACCCAAAGUUUGGAGAUGCGGGGAUAUUUAUCGACACAAUGGAAAAGUUUACUGUUGGAAAGUUGAGGUCAUCAAAAUUAAUGUUGCCAUUGAUCCUUGUGAAUAGUGUUUAACGCGAAUGUUUAGACUUUAUGACGUGAGGACAAUAUGGUAGCCAGCAGUGUAUGAUAAUCAUACUUUUCUCUGUGACCACACGUGCAAAUAUGUCAUAAGGAAAGCCAUAAAUCACAUAAAACACCAAUAAUAAACCUUUACCUUUCGUUCUCAGUAUAAUUAGCAGUCUCCACUAGGGCCCAUAGCUGCAAUAAACAUCCAUCACUUUAAACAAACAAGCUUGUAAAAUAGCACCCCAUAGAAACCAAUAAGCGAGCAAUCGUUACUGUUCUCGAUGGUACAGCACACACGAAUGAAAAAACGAUAGAGGGAACAAUUGUGCCAUUCGUACAAUGCCCACUCGCAGUAACCCGAGCUGUGGGUUUGCAAUUAUCGAAGUAUUUUCAGACACAUUUAGUUGCGUUAUUGAUAACACUGUGCGUGAUCAUGCGACGGUUAGGAGAUCACGACAGGGCAUUGUUUCAAUACAACAUGGCGGGCUUGUGAAGCAGUGAUUGGAAACGGAUUUUAUUUAUACAAACAUGGACGAUGAGGAUCAAGAGGAACAGGAAAGUGAUACGUUUUUGACGGACCAUUGUGAGGAUCCGUUUCAACGUUUCCGUCGGUGUGCCAUUGCUGUGAUGCGACUCAUCCAAGUAUGCAGAGCUUGUAAAGACAUUUUGGCCGAAAAAGUCAAGAAAGAAUCCUGGUUCACCCUGAUAGACAACCUGGUCGCCACAACAGAGAUUCAGCAGAAAAAGAGGGGGCCACGCCCAUUCGUCACAUUUGUGCCAAACGAAAAAAGAGAACUAGAGCAACUGACCUUUGACAUUGGGGAGUAUAGGAGGGAUCGAAUGGCUGAGAGUUGCAUGACAGACGGCGUCCGGCUCAGUCUUCAACAGGCGCCUGGGACAAGAUCACCAGACCAGAUCGCCGGGGUUAUACGAGCAAUGAAAGGGAUAUCGAGAGACUUCGACAACUACCCCCUGUAUGUACAGAAACAACUCGCUCAAGUCGCCUUUUAUGACAAUUUCGCCUACAAUCGAGUUAUAAUAAAGAAAGGAUUAACAGCUGACGGAUACUACUUCGUCUUGUCAGGAGUAUUGAUAGAAAAAGUAGAAGGCAGAAAGCAGCCAGUGGAGAUCAAAUCGGGACAGAAGUUCGGUGAGGACGACUUGAUAUGCGGGUGUAAAAGGCGACACACGGUGCUGACGAGGACGAAGACGGAGUUAUUGUACAUCCACAGGAUUGACUACAAGAAGAUAUUCGACAUGUCAGAUGACUCUAACAGCCCGAAGAACCUCGAAAUAUGCAAGCAGCAUAUUGUGUUUCAACAUUUCCCCAUGGCUCGGCUGGCGGAGAACCCAGGAAUGUGGAGCGCUCUCAGAUACAAAUACGGGAGGUUAAUUGCACGCGACAGCAACGACGUCGAUUGGAUCUACGUCAUCAAAUCGGGAGAGGCCAGAAUACUGAAGUAUCUCGAGCCAGACAACAUCGACCUCAAGGCCAGAAGGAGGAAGGUGGCAUCGGCUCUGGCAGCACAGUCGUCAUUCCAUAAGAAGAAGCAGAUACUCAACUUCAUAGAAGAUCGCGACUACAUUAAGUCAUCCUACAGACCCUCCUCCUACCACCCUGGACGCCGGGACGGGGCGAUGUCCGCACCCCCUACAGGACGACGCUCCUGUGUAGGGACCCACCGCGAUUUUCUUAGUCUACCAGCCACGCCCCCUUGUAGAGACCCAAUUGAAAAGACCCUAGUGAACAAUUACACACAGUCUGUUCUCAAUCAGCCAGAAAACAAACUACCUCAAAUUGUUGUCUGUGGAGGCAACGACAGUGACGAGGGAGACAGUAAAGGUCAAGAUAAUUUAGAAAAUGGGGUCGAGGUUAUUGACCUCAGUGACAAGGUCAGACAAGGACGAGUUCCGAAGAGCAAUGGAACAGCGAAAGGGCAAGACUCCAGGAGACAGUCCAGGGUUUCCCUAGGUUUGGGACGUCAGAUGAGCACAUGUCGCUCGCAGGGAAGUGGUCGGUGUUCUUCAAAGGGCGGCCAGAUAACGAUAGGAAAGACAACUCUUCCUGCCUUCGUCCAAGUGGAGACUUUGCAUCCAGGACAAGUGUUUGGUUUACGUGCAUGCUUGGAUGCAGAAGAGAGAGGACCUGCAGUCAGUCUAGUAAGCGGGGAGUGUGAAAUUCUACAGAUUAAUAAGAAGUUCUUCAUGAAGCACUGCGAUGAUGCAAUCUACGGACUGAUACGACUAAAGGCCAAACCUUUCCCGUCCGAGGAAGAGCUGGUGGACCGUCUGGAUGCUAACCUCCAAUGGGAAGAGUACAAACACAGAACUCUGGAUGAGUUCAUCAAGCAGUGCCGGCGGCUGGACAGAUAAUCCUAAGAUGCGGUUGCAAUGGAAACGGGAUGAGGUGGAGCUUCCAGGAAGGAAACACUGUGACAAAUGAUGAAACAUACUCUGUGCAGUGUGCUCUUUCCAGGAUUACUCUUGUGUUGUGAGAUUCUUUCUUCAAGCACAAGGCAGAUGUUGGACUAUUGUGUUCAUAUAACCACGUUCAGAGUGUUGAGAUUAAAUCUCAAACAUAUUAAGGCAAAUGCAAGCUUAGAAUUAUGAACAAUGUGUUUAUGGUGUACAUGUGUAUGUGUGUCCCUCGUCAACCCUUUCAACAAUGCAAAUGUUGUAACGUCUCCAUGCAUUGAAACAAUGUCAGUAUAAUUUCGUUUUGAUGGCUACUGCUGAAAAGGCAGCUCUUAUCUGAACGUGAAUGAACAAGCGUGGAGUUCCCGAGAUGUCUCAUCAACAUGGCUGUGAUAGUAAAAUGAUGCUUGGACAAAAAUAAAGUCGCUGCUUCUACUGCAGGAGGACUGUGUGAUCCUGUA